AAUAUCUAUCCUUUUUGCUUUCAAAUAUACCCUUCUUCAGGAAAUGGGCUAGGUAUUGAAUACUCACACAUACGACUAAGUAAUCAUACGAACAACGAAUCUUCUUUCUAAGAAAGUAGGACAUGUGUUGAAUAUUCACAUGAUACGAUUUACGUGCAGUGCAGCGGAUCCAUUCUCAAAAUUUUGCAUUCAACCAUGAAAAGAAACACCAUGAAUCUCGAUUCUGAUUUGCUUGAUUUCAUGCCUUUCCUCCAAAGGGUUCUGAUUCGUUUGGCUAUAAGAAAUCUGUCCUUAUCUUUGGCUAUCUCUAUCUUUUCCUCACUCACUCAUAAAAUAUGGAAUAGCUUUUCUUUUUCUCUCUCUCUCUCUCUCUCUCUCUCUCUCUCUCAUAAUGGAUCUCUUCUCUCUACAGUCCCUCUUCAUCUUCCUCCUCUUCUCCCUCCGCCUCUAUCUCUACUUCAAACCCACAACCAAAAAAACAGGAUUCACCUCCUACCCUUUCGUCGGAACCCUACCAGAAUUCCUCCAAAACCGCCACCGCUUUCUCGAAUGGACGACCCAAGUCCUCAGCCACACCCCCACCAACACCGCCGUAUUCCGCCGCCCCGGAAAAGUUCACGGCAUCAUCACAGCCAACCCUCUCAACGUCGAACACAUGCUCAAAACCAACUUCGACAAUUACCCAAAAGGCGAUCGCUUCAUCUCUCUCUUAGAAGACUUCCUCGGCCGUGGCAUCUUCAACUCCGAUGACGAUCUCUGGAAGUUACAGAGAAAGACGGCGAGCUUCGAAUUCAAUACAAAAUCGCUCCGUAACUUCGUCAUGGAUAUCAUCAAAGAAGAAAACCAGAGUAGAUUGAUUCCACAAUUGAUAAGAGCUGCUGAGUUCGAUCAAAUUCUGGAUAUGCAAGAUGUGUUAGAGAGAUUCGCGUUUGAUAACGUCUGUAAGCUUGCUUUCAACACCGACCCUGGUUGUCUCGGCGGCGACGCCACCGCCGGAAAAGAAUUCAUGCAAGCCUUUGAGGAUGCUGCCACGCUCAGCGCCGGCAGGUUCAUGUAUGCCCUACCUCAUCUUUGGAGACUAAAGAAAAUCCUCAAUUUGGGAUCAGAGAAAAAGUUAAAAGAAUCCAUCUCAACCGUCCAUAGCUUCGCUGAUAAGAUCAUACGUCAGAUGGAGGAUAAGCAAGACUCUGCUGACCUACUUUCACGUUUCAUGGGAAACGAGUCCCCCGAGUUUAACGAUUCCAAAUCGGCCGAGUUUUUACGUGAUAUCGUCAUAAGCUUCAUACUUGCUGGACGAGACACCACGUCAUCAGCCCUCUCGUGGUUAUUCUGGCUCCUGGCGUCACGAGAAGACGUGAAGCGUAACAUUCUUGAAGAGCUGAAAGCGAUACGGACACGUAACGGGAAAGAUAUCGGUGAUACGUACAGCUUCGAUGAGUUACGACAGAUGCAGUAUCUGCACGCGGUGAUUUCAGAGGCGAUGAGGCUUUAUCCUCCGGUGGCUAUCGACACGAAGGUGUCCCUGAAAGAUGACGUUUUACCGGAUGGUACAUUUGUUGCGAAAGAUUGGUUCAUAUCGUAUAAUACGUAUGCGAUGGGGAGGAUGGAGAGUAUAUGGGGGAAGGAUUGUAUGAAGUUUAAGCCGGAAAGGUGGUUGGAGAACGGUAUGUGUCGGCAAGAAAGUCCGUUUCGGUUUCCGGUGUUUCAUGCCGGGCCCAGAAUUUGUUUGGGAAGGGAUAUGGCGUUUAUACAGAUGAAAUCGAUUGCUGCAGUGGUGCUGGAGAGAUUCGAGAUGAACGUGCUUGAUAAAGACACAUGUCCUGGUUAUGUGUUGUCUUUGACGCUGAGGAUGAAAGGAGGGUUGCGGGUUAAAGUUAGGGAGAGAUCUGUGGACGUUAUUUGAUUGAUAGUUUCCAAAUAUGGAAGGUAUCUUGUCCAUCUUUUGUGCCAUCGAGAUUUGACGUGUAUCAAAUAAGGCAAAGAGGUUUGUCUCAAUUGCCAACUAAAUGAAAUAGUUUACAUA